UUGAGUCCACACGAAGCUUCACCUAACUCAAUUAUAAUAUUUGACGAUGUAGCUUGUGAAAAUCAGAACAUUAUACGCGAUUAUUUCACCAUGGGUCGACAUAAGAACAUCGACUGUUUUUAUAUUAAUCAAACUUAUAAUAAGAUACCUAAGCAACUAGUUAGAGAUAACGCUAACCUGAUUAUAUUGUUUAAACAAGAUGACGUAAACCUGAGACACAUUUAUAACGAGCAUGUAGGGUCUGACAUGACAUGGUCUCAGUUCCGGGAUAUGUGUUCAACUUUGUGGAGUAAACCUUUCAAUUAUAUUAUUAUAAAUAAAGACUGUGAACGAAAUAAAAGCUGUUACAUAAUGAAGUUUGAUACAUUCAUAAUUACCUAA